UUUUAAGUUUUACAACUGCUUUUUCUAACAGAACAGGAUGUUCUCCAAUGUCACUGUUAUCUGUAAUGCGACCGUCAAUGUGACUGUUUGCUCCUACAGCACCCUUGAGGGGUGGGCUUACAGUCUGGUGUUUCUCCUCGGUCUCCUCAUCAAUAGUGCGGCUCUGUGGGCCUUCAUCGCCAAACGAGCCUCCUGGACUGACUGCCACAUCUACAUGCUGAAUUUGGCUGUGGCUGACUUUGCCCUCAUCAUUUUCCUUCCCUUUAGGAUUUAUGAUGCCUUCUUCUGCCUACCUAAAACAUUUCUCUGCACCUUCCUACUUUUCACUCACUACAUCAACAUGUAUGCCAGCAUCCUGACCACGACAGCCAUCAGCGUCCACCGCUUUUUGACCAUCAGGUUCCCUCUGCAGGCUAGAUCAUGGAGGAAGAAGAAAAUGGCAGCGGUGGCCAUAUGUUUACCCAUCUGGGUGAUUCUGGUCUCAGCUGUUGUAGUUUUUCGAAAAGAAAACUAUCCUGACAAGCUCUGGACAUGCUAUGAAAGAUGCAAAGAUGCUCCUCUCCAUCCACCGUUUACAAUAGCCCUGGUAUGUCUAGGCUACCUGGCUCCUCUGAUGAUAAUCGUGUUCUGCUCCAGUCGAACCAUCUGUAUCUUGGUGAAAGAGCAAAAUGAGUCAGAGGAAAAGAAAAGAAUUGUUGAGAUAGUUAAAGCAAACCUGAUUGUUUUUCUUGUCUGCUACACACCGUUACACUUUGCCUUUGUGAUCAACUUAUUCUACGAAGUACCGUCAAACUGGAUGUAUGAAUAUUUACCCUCUCAUAGGUUUUUACAAGUGUCUGAGUGGAUUGCUUCCACAAACUGCGUCUUAGACUCUAUAAGUUUCUACUUCUUAUUGAAAAAGUUUUAUAUAUAAAUCAAUGACAGUAUAAUGAAGCAGUCCUAUGGUAUUGCCUACAGUGUGUAUAUCGGUGUCUUGGCUUUUUUUUUUUUUUUAUAGUGACUUGCAUACUGUUAAGUUCUUAAAAGUUGCUUGAAAGGAAAGGAUUCUUAGAAACACUGACCACCAAAUUUUGGUUUGCUAGUAGAGGCUCAGAUUUAUUUAUUUUUUUAUUGAAAACGCUCUAGUUUCAGCUGCUUUUGUAUGUGCUAAAAAACAGGCUUAUAGCGGACUAUGCUUUUGCUGUAGCAGCUCCUAAGUUGUGUAUCUUCUCUUGGUUAUCAGACAGGCCAAUUCACUUUUCUGCCCGUAACUGCAUUAGACCUAUCAUCAAUACUGUUUCUUUAAAAUAUUCUUUAAUUUUCAUUUUAUCAUUUUACUGUUAUCAUAUAAUGUCUUUACUCCGUGUUCAAUAAUCUGGUUCUAAACUGUGGAUGUUUAUUGUGCUAUAUUGAUAAAGCUGGUAUGGUAUGGCUUUUCAAAAAAUCUGUGAUGCCUAGUAGACAAGGUUCAAAGUCUAUUUGGAAAAGAGACAGACAUACAGCAUUACAGAUCCUCCACGAUGCCUAUCGAAGGGCAUGAGAUGUUCUCUUAUGUGAAUCUUUUGUCUCAAAACCUUCUGGUAUGCUUGGUGCUGAAAGCUCAACUCAUUCUGAUCUGGUCAAUGUAAACACUUCCAAGCAAUUUUUAAUUAAAGUUUC